AUGGACGACCAGGACAACCUAUCCGUAGGAAGCGACGAUGAAGACGCACCUUCUUCGAAGGUUCGCGCAUACAACGCUCUUCUUCAAUCCUUCCAACAAGAAUCAGACGAACCCCGCCGUAAACGCAGAAAGAUCGAGGAAGCUCCUCAAGAAGAAGAAAGCGACGAGGAUGGGGACGGUGUUUCAGAUGCGGGUUCAGAUGUCUCGGGAAGCGAAGAUGGUGCUCAGAACGACGACCAAACACAAGAAGACGGAGACAGCGAUGCUGAGGUAGAACAAGAAGAGGCCGACGACGAUGAGGAUGAGGACCCGACAGAUCCCUUCGAUCAACACUUUGCCAAUCCGGAAGCCAACGAACUUACCAAGCGCCUCAAGUCAAUCACCGACAAUCAGUGGCGAUCCGAGAAACUGAAGGUGCUCAAGGACGGCAGCCUGGCCAUCUCUCUUCCCGAAUCCGCUCCCACCUCAUCACGCAGACCGCUCAAGUCUGUUACACAACUCAACCUCAAGCAACGUAUUGCCGAGCCGGCAACGAAACAUAUCGGAACCUUCAGCGAGUUGGGACAAGCAAUUGCGCCCUCACUAUACGCCUACCAGGAUGUGCUGUGUGGUGCCAGAACUGUCGAGAACGCAUCUGAGCUCAGACACAUGGCUGCUCUGCAUGCUCUCAACCACGUCUACAAGGGCCGUGAUCGUGUACUCAAGAACAACACUCGUCUAGCAGCAGCAGAGGGAGACGCUGAUCUCGAACUUCGUGACCAAGGCUUUACCCGUCCCAAGGUCCUUGUCUUGCUCGAGACUCGUAGUGCCGCAGCCAAAUACGUUGAAGCCUUGAUAGCUCUUUGCGAGCCUGAGCAACAGGAGAACAAGAAACGUUUCGAAGACGGUUUCGUACUGGAUGAGCUGAAAUUCGGUGCCGAAGAUGAUACGCACCCUGCCGACUUCCUCGAGUUGUUCGAGGGCAACGAUGAUAACGACUUCCGCCUGGGCGUCAAGUUCACCCGCAAGACUAUGAAAUUCUUCUCCCAAUUCUACGCUUCCGACAUCAUUCUCGCAUCGCCUCUCGGUCUUCGCCGCAUCAUCGAACACACCGACCCCAAGAAAGCCGAUAGCGAUUAUCUCUCCUCGAUCGAAAUCUGCAUCGUAGACCAAGCGGAUGCCAUGCUCAUGCAAAACUGGGAUCACGUAGAUUUCGUCUUCCAACAUCUCAAUCUUCAGCCCAAAGACGCACACGGCUGUGAUUUUAGUCGCGUACGAAACUACUAUCUCGACGGCCAAGCCAAGCACUUACGCCAAACCAUCAUCUUCUCGGCAUAUGUAGCCCCUGAGCUCAACAGACUCUACAACGCUCAUAUGCUCAAUAUCGCAGGAAAAGCAAAACUUACACCUUUCUAUCCAGGCGUGAUUGGCGACAUCGAUCUUGCGGGCAUGAAGCAAACAUUCUCGCGAUAUGACUCCGCAUCGCCCCCUGUUGACCCAGACGCCCGCUUCAAGUACUUCAACACAGCUGUACUACCGUCGCUUCUCAAGGUCCCGAGACCCUCAGAAGGUGGACCCGGCAUCCUAUUGUUCAUCCCGUCAUAUCUCGACUUCGUACGAGUCAGGAACUACUUCGCCAACUCGAAUGAAACACAACACAUCUCAUUUGGCGCUAUAAGCGAAUACACACCUGUACCCGAUCAAAGGCGUGCACGCAGUCAUUUCCUUUCCGGUCGUCACAGUGUGUUACUAUACACAGGCCGUGCGCAUCACUUCCACAGAUUGAGACUGAAGGGCGUGCGGAGAGUCAUCUUCUACGCUCUACCGGAGAACCCCAUAUUCUACACAGAAGUUGUAAGGGGUUUCUUAGGCACCAUGGUCGCCGAGGGCAAAUUGGAUCCUACCGAAGCAGCCGUCAGGACCAUCUUCUCCAAGUGGGAUGGCUUGAGACUGGAGCGAGUCGUGGGAACCAAGCGUGUCGGCGCCAUGUUGAGAGAUAAAGGUGGUGAUACCUUUGACUUCGUGUAA